CGUUCCUACAUAUUAAUUGGAAAAAUACUUUAUCUACAAACUUAUGCAAUGCUAUUGAAAAAACAGUAUCAUCUACUUUUUAAAAUUAAUUCAAAUUCAACGACAUCUUUGAAAUAAAUUCACAAUUUUUAUAUAAUAUAAUUCUCUUACAAUAAAAUGAUUUGAAAACACAAAGUGAAGUGAGCAAUGUUUCUUUCUUGACACGAAGAAGCUUAACCAAUCUCCAUAGCUAUAAAUCAUCUAGUUUUCCUUAAUUAAAGAAUACUCAACGUUACAUGUUUUUAAUUAGAUUUCGCUUUAUGGAGGACAGGUUAAGAGGUUUGCAUUUAGUUGAAACUUUGAUAUACAGAACGGACUCGUUUCUCAACUUAAGCUCUGUAGCCUGACAAGAUAAGGAAGCCGGUGUCUGGAACAAGGAAUCCUUGUUCUGGAAGUAAAAUGACCGCCUGGCGAUUUAUCUUAAUUACAAUAGUCUUAAUGAAGACGAAAGAUUCUCGUGUGAUCAACGGCGAGGUUCCUCCGGAUAAUUUAACUCCAUAUUACAAUGAAUCUAUGGAGAUCGAGAAACGCCUCCCAGAGGAUGUAGUUCCCAGAAAAUAUGUGAUUGCGAUUUCGACUGACUUUAAAAAGGACGAAUUUCACGGUAGCGUUCGCAUCGAUCUCAAAUUACUAAAAGACCGAAGUUAUAUCGUUUUACACUCGAAGGAUCUAACCAUAUCGUCAACCAAAUUAUAUACAGAAAAAUCUCAAACGGAAGUACGAAUACAGUACAUCUAUAAUGUAAAAAGACGUGAGAUGUUGGUUAUCAAGCCUUAUAGAAAUAUCUCUUUAGGAGAAUACUUCUUGAAAAUGAAUUUUAGUGGUAGUUUGAAAGGAAAAAUGAGUGGAUUCUAUUUGAGCACCUACGUAGAAGAAAAUAAAUCUGUUCGAAAAUUAGCAGUGUCCCAAUUCGAACCAUUCUACGCCCGAACAGCUUUUCCUUGUUUUGACGAACCAAACUUCAAGUCCAUUUUUAUUAUUCGUCUGGUCUACUCAAAGAAGUUUUUAUAUCACGCACAAUCCAAUAUGCCAAUUGUAAAAAUGGAGACGAUGAAAAGUGAUAGCGACAAAACGAUCGCAUACUUCGAGCCUACGCCACCGAUGUCCACUUAUUUCGUUGCUUUCCUUGUCAGUGACUUCGAGUGUUUAGGAUCUAACAUGGAUCUUCUGAACGGAAGUAAAAUACCAGUUGCUGUCUGUGUAAGAUCUAUGUUCAAGCAAAAAGCAGUAUUCGCCUUAAAUGUCACAAUUAGAGCGAUGAAGUAUUAUCUAGAGAUGUUUCAAAUCGACUAUCCGCUACCAAAAAUAGAUCUAGUCGCCAUACCCGAUUUCUCAGCAGGCGCCAUGGAAAACUGGGGCCUGAUCACAUUCCGUGAAACAGAGCUUCUUCAUAGCGAGAACGACAGUUCUUGCCACAAUAUGAGAAGCGUCAGCUUGACGGUGGCCCAUGAAUUGGCACACAUGUGGUUCGGCAAUCUGGUCACCAUGAAAUGGUGGGACGAUCUUUGGUUGAACGAAGGUUUCGCCACUUACAUGGAGCACGUAGCAGUUGAUUCUUUGUUCCCCGACUGGAAGCUGAUGGAUUCCUUCCCAUUAUACACGAAAUACGUUUCUAUGAAGCACGAUAUCAAACUACGUACUCGCCCAAUUGUAAAACGAAUCGAAGAUUUGAAUGAAAUAGAAGAAAUGUUCGAUCGAAUUUCAUAUCAAAAAGCGGCGUCGGUGAUUAGGAUGCUCGAGGACGCAGUUGGCAAUUCCAAGUUUAUUUCUGCUGUCAGAAAGUAUCUGAGAAGGUACCAGUUUCGUAACGCGGAGUCCCGCGAGCUAUUCGAUAUCCUGGAGAACACUACACAAGCCGCCAUCGAUGUCGUCGAUUUCGUCGGUCGAUGGAUGAGGUUCCCCGGAUUUCCGGUGAUCAACGUCCGUCGAGACAAUGCAGGCUUUCAACUAUCCCAGCGACGCUUCGCGACGAGUACACGAUUCAGUGAAACGAUCGACGACGGAAGUUGGACAAUUCCGAUUAGAUACGUAACAAGCAGGAAAAAUGAUAUCAAGCUGGAUUGGUUCCUCGCGAAUUAUUCUUGCGUGGAAUUGUCGCUGGACAAGUCAGUGGAUUGGAUCAAACUGAAUCAUGAUUCGAUCGGCUAUUACAUCGUGAAUUACACGGAAGAUGCUUGGAACGUUUUCAGCAAUUUAUUAUUCUACAACCAUUCGAUGUUAAGCGCAAUGAACAGAGCGGACUUGUUGCACGACGCUUUUCUUCUAGCGGAAACUGACUUGAACUAUUCUAUAGCUAUGAACCUGACUUCUUAUCUCAUAAACGAAGACGAUUAUCAACCAUGGGUCGUGGCUAUGAGAUGGUUCGGACAAAUGAACAGACUUCUUGAUAGAACCCACAUACUUCCGCGUUUUCAAUCGUAUGCGAGGAAUCUGAUCAACAGAAUUUAUCGUCAAAUAGGAUGGCAUAUUCAUCGGAAAGAUUCAUUUAAAGACAGAGAAUUUCGCGUCUUGAUAUUGAACGCAGCUUGCAGCGUAGGCCACGAACACUGCCUCGAGACAGCCGGAAGGAGGCUGCGGAAAUUUCUGUUGGAGAAGAGCGGCGAUGGUAGCGAGCAAAUGUUACCAGCCGAUAUUCGGUCUAUCGUCUAUUCGUUCGGCCUCGUUACGAUGUCGGCCGACGUCGGAUCGAUAUUUGAGAAAAUGUCGCGACUACUCGAGACGGAGAACGACGCACAGGAAAGAGAACGUCUGAUGAUCGGGAUGACUGGAGUUGCGGACAAAGAUAUUCUUAAUCGAUAUUUAGAGCGAGCAACAGACGAGACAUUCAUUCGCAAGCAAGACUUUGCAGAGCUGUUGAUCAAGAUCGCCGCGAAUCCCGUGGGAUUGGACGUCGCCUGGAAUUUUGUACGAUCUCGAUGGGAAGCUCUACUUAGAAAAUAUGAAACAAACGAGUACACUUUUGGGAAUAUCAUCUGCGCAAUCGUAUCUUUGUUUAAAGAUCAUCAAAAGCUACAAGAGGCGAGACAAUUUUUUCUAAGAGAAGUUGACCUAAAAGUAACUGAAAAUGCUAAGAGAAAUGCGAUCGAGGAGAUCGAAAACAGCAUUAAUUGGCUGGAGGCAAACUCUCAAAGCAUCGAACGAUGGCUGUCGUCUAAUGGUUUCGAUUAAUACCUUCGUUUUAAUACGAUCCAAAAUUUACAAUUUAAUUAGAUCGCCAUACCUACGUCAGGUAUUUAAUUAACGGAAACAUCUGAAUGUAUUUUGAAAUCCAUUAUCGGACACUAUUAGCGCGAUCAGAUGAAUGUUUUGCGAUCUGUCCGAAGAUAUGCGAUCGAUAUCUCUGUACCAACCUCAGUUCGAUUAACACUACGUUCUACAAUAGUACAUCAGUCGUAAGCAAAAUAAAUACAUAAAGCUCAAUUUUUUAUUAAUCUACGAUGUGUUUAUGAUAUAAUUGCGUUACAUUAUACCAUUUACGGUAUUUUGCAAAUGUCGUUUCAUAAAUAUUUAAUGCGCACAGG